AUGGCAGGCCCUGCUCAGCCGACACUGCGUGCGUUCUUUGCGCAGGCGGGGGCGGCAGGUACGGCCCCGUCGCCGCAGCCAGGAGAGAAGUCCUUCCGAGCGCGCACAGCGGCGCCCCCCAGCAACGCGCCCGUAUACACCCCGCUCGAAUCACAGAUCCUUGAGCUCAAGCGCGCGCACCCUGGCAUGGUAUUGCUUAUUGAAGUAGGAUACAAGUUCAAGUUCUACGGUGACGACGCUCAUCUGGCGAGCCAGGUCCUGAAUAUUGCGUGUUUCCGCGAGAAGAACAUGGAUGCGGCUAUGAUCCCUGUGCCGCGCAUGCCUGUGCAUGUCAAGCGCCUCCUCGCACUGGGACACAAGGUCGGUAUAUGCCGGCAAACAGAGACACGCGCGCUCAAGGCGGCGACGGAGAAUGCGCACCAACCAUUUGCGCGGGCGCUCACGAAUGUGUACACGGCCAGCACGUGGAUCGACGAUGUUGCGGCGCCGGACGCAAGCGACGAGCAGGUGAUUGUCGCACUCGUCGAGGCCGGUGAAUCCAGUGCUGCACAUCCCCGCCUCGGUCUUGUUGCUAUCGAUAUGGCCUCCUCGAACGCGACAUACGAUGCAUUUGACGACGAUGCUCUCUUGACCGCGCUCGAGACGCGCCUGGCACACCUGGCACCUAAAGAAAUUGUGCUUGCAACCACUCUCUGUGAGCGCGCACGGCGCUUUGUUCGGCAGUGGGCUGGUCCUCACCGGCGUGUCGAGGAGGUGGGCGCGUGCGAAGCGCCGAUGCCGGGCCUUGCUGAGCAUUUGCACGGCGAGGCGCUCGCAUGGGCCUCUGAGCUGCCUGUGGACGUCCAGCGUGCACUACUGCUCCUGCUCACGCAUCUAUGUGGCUUUCAACUGGCGUCGGCGCUCACUUGCCCUGCCAACUUUGCCACGUUCACGGAGCGCUCGAGCAUGCUGCUGAGUGGACCGACCCUUGCACACCUCGACGUCCUGCAAAAUGCCACAGAUGGAACGCUAUCAGGCAGCCUUCUGUGGCUACUAGACGAAUGUGCUACGGCGAUGGGACGCCGGCUGCUGCGGCAGUGGGUACGCCGGCCGCUCCUUGAUACGGCGCAGAUUGCCGCGCGCGCACACGCCGUUGAUCUCAUGCGGGAGCGCCGUCAGCCGGUUCUGCAUCGUGCUGUUGCGCUUCUUACGCAUCUACCGGACGUGGCUCGUGGUCUCGUGCGUAUCACGCAUGGCCUUGUUGACGCGUCGGAGCUCGCGACGAUUCUGCUGGCUUUUCACCGUGUCACACACGAGUUUUCUGAGCUGCCACUGACCGGCAGCGCGCUGCUGGACGAUGCCCUGCUGGAUCUUGGGGCUGCACGCGAUGCAGUGUCUCAUUUUAUCGCCGCCCUCGAUCUUCCACGCGCACGCAAAAACGACCUGCCGCAUCUCUACAAGGAUCCGGCGCGAUACCCUGCGAUCCAGGACAUGCAGGCGACACUGCAGGCUGACGACGAGGCUCUGCAAGCGCACCUGCUAGACUUGCGCCGCACCCUGCAUCGGCCGGCGCUACAGUACACGCAAGUGUCCGGCGUCGACCAUCUAAUUGAAGUGCGGAGCUCCGAGGCCGCGCACGUCCCAGCGGACUGGGUCCGGAUCAGCGCAACGCAGCGCGUCGUGCGCUUCCACACGCCAACGAUUGUGCAGCUGUUGAAACAGCGUGAGCGGCAUCGCGAGUCACUUGCCGCCGUUGCGUUUGCAGCUUUCCGCGACUUUCAGACACGCGUAGCUAAAGAAUACGUGCCGCUGCGCCGCGUCGCGCAGGCGCUUGGCGUCCUGGAUGCGAUUUUCAGCCUCGCGCGUGUCGCCUCGCGGCCUGGGUAUGUGCGCCCGACCGUGCAUGCUACCAGCACAGAGGCCGGCGCGCAGCAGUUGCGCCUCACGCAAUUUCGGCACCCCAUGAGUGAGGCGCGCCUUGCACAUGCCUAUGUACCAAAUGACCUCGUGCUAGGCGGCCCGAACGGAAGCGGCCAGGCGCCGCGCGGCGUGCUGCUCACGGGCUCGAACAUGGGUGGCAAGUCUAGCACAGUACGAGCAAUUGCCCUGAUCGUGAUCAUGGCGCAGAUCGGCGCGUUUGUGCCCUGCCGUGCUGCGGAACUCACAUGCUUCGAUGCUGUUGUGACACGGAUGGGUGCACAGGACGACCUGUUCCAUGGCAAAUCUACGUUCAUGGUCGAGGCGGAGGACACGGCGCGCAUCCUACGCACGGCAACGGAGCGCACGCUUGUUGUUCUGGAUGAGUUUGGGCGCGGUACCUCGACGUUCGAUGGCGUCGCGUUGGCCGACGCUGUACUGCGUUCCCUGCUCGAGCGUGGCGCACGCAUGCCGAUGCUGCUAUUCAUCACACACUACCUCUCUCUCACGCGCUGGGCGCACGUGUACCCGAUGCAGCUGUGCAACAUGCACAUGGCCGUCCGCAUCGCUAACCGGAACGACGAGAACUUGGACGCUGCCGAUGUCGUUUUUCUGCACCGCUUGGUUGCGGGGCCUGCCUCGCAGUCGUUUGGCAUUCACAUGGCUGCACUCGCGGGCAUACCGUCUCGCGUAACUGCACAGGCACGCUCCAUCGCAUCACAUGCACAAAAUACGCACACCGUCGCUGAGCGGCGGCGUAUCAGUGCACGAUUCCUGCAGGCCGUGUGCAAUGGACAAUUGCAAACUGCAUGGGACCUUGCCCAUCAAAUGUCGGUACUAUAG